AUGGACCCAGACUCCCCCGCACCACCGCUCGAGGACCUAGAAAGAAUAUCCGCCAUCUCCACCGGAACUCUUUCCGACGCCGACGCCCUCGCGGACCUGCACGCGCGCCGGGCGAACUUCGCCCCGGAGAACAUGUCGCUACUCACGCCGCCGCAAAUCCACCAGGGUCUGAGCAUCUUCGACCAUGCGAUCGGCGUCGAGGCGCCUGCUGCGCUGCAGGCGGGGAAGGCGGUCGUCGUGGUGUUGAGGGAGACGAUGAUCGCGACGGGGAUGCUGGUGAAUGCUGCGCUGAGUGGAGGGGGGAAUGGUGAGGUGUACGCAGGCGGAGGCGGAGAGAUUAAAAUGGAGGAGACGAGUUCGCCGGUGGGGAGUGUCGCGGCACCACCACCAGCAGUGUUCACGGGAGCAAGAGAUGGGCCAAAUGAGACGGGGACUGCGGUGUCUAAGCGACGACGGCGGGAAGAGAAAAGCGCGCAAGACCCGCCACAGCACAUCUCCAAGCGCACACCCAACAAGCUCCCAAAGCACGACGCGCAGAGCAGCAGCAGCCAUGCAAACGCCAACACCAGCCCGCGCCCCCGCCUCAUCGUCCGACUCCCCGUCCGCGUCCCCAUCGACUACUUCUCCCGCCCCAAAGCCCUCCGCCGCUCACUCCCAGUCUCCUUCCCAGCGAGCAUCAUCAUCCCGCGGAACCGCAAGAAGACGCCCCCCAAGCCCAAACCCAAACCCACCACCCAGCCCCCAGACUCGGACGUCGCCAUGCUCUCACCCACGCACCCCGCCGUCUCCGAAGCCAGCUGGGAAACCACAUCCACAUCCACCACCGCCCACCUCUCCUCCCUGCCACCCUUCCCGCCCUUCCCACCCCUCCAACCGCGCGAACUCACCAGCUUCUACAAGGGCCUCCUCACGGCGCUGGAAAACAUCCUCGAGGACGCCGUCUCGCACCCGUCGCACAGCCUGCUGGACCUGGUUAAGAACCUGGACGAGGAGAAGCCGACGGUGGAUGACUGGGAGCGCCGGACGGUGCUCAAGGGCGGCGAGUACGUGUAUGAGGCGCUGCGGUGCGUGUGCGAGGACGAGGACGAGGACGACGGGCGGGGGGAUGUUGGCGGCGGGGGAGGAGGAGAAGGUGUGGGCGCGCUGUGUCGCGGGCUGGAGGAGCAUGCGCGGCGGGAGUAUGGGUGUGUGGAGGGUCGGUUCGAUAGGGGGGAGCGGCCGUAUGGGGCGUGGGGGGAGCGGGUUUGGGGGAAGGAAUGA